GAAAUUUUGAAUUGGACGAAUCGAAUGAGAUGCCGGACACCACAUGGCAAUAUGCUGCCCGUACCCAAAAUUUUAUCCUAAACCUAACAUAAUCGUCCCACGCUUUGCCACGACUUCAAAGAAAGCCGCACAGAUAGGUCUUCUUCCAUCUACUACGCGUCUCUGCGACUCUAUCUCCUAGCGCUAGGGUUUCAUUGUUUCUUAACUCAUUUCAGAUAAUAUAUCACAAUGAGUCGUCAACAGGAUCCACAACGCCCCCUCUUCCUGUUUGGCAAUCCAUUCAAAAUGCUAGUACCUAAGGGGUCGUACUUGUCUCCUAGGCUUCUUGCAUUGUUGAAUGAUUUUGAGUUAGCCUUGGCAGAGAGACUUAUGAAUCUUAAGCCAAAAGAUAAGGAAGAUAUCCUGAGCUUAUCAUGGAUGGGAUCUGCUAUGGAGUUGCUUUGUCAAACUCACACCGACAUUAAAACCAUUAUAACCAAACUCGAAUUGCCUGUAUGUGAUUGGGAUGAUAAAUGGAUUGAUGCUUACUUUGAUGAUAGUGUGAAACUGCUUGAUAUUUGCAAUGCUUUCAGCUCCGAGCUCACACGGCUCAACCAGGGUAAUCUCUUGCUUCAAUGCGCAUUGCAUAAAAUGGAUGCCCACGAUUCCGAACGGUUUUUAAAGGCUAGAUCUUCACUUGAUGGCUGGAGGCGGCACAUUAGUUCUAAGAAUCCAAGACUUGGGAAUUGUUUUCCCAACUUAGACAGUCUUAUUGGCACGCUUAACCGGCCUAAGGUCAAGAAUUCAGACAAAGGCAAGGUUUUGAUGAGGACCAUGUAUGGAGUUAAGGUGGUUACUGUGUUUGUCUCAAGCAUCUUUGUUGCUGCCUUCUCAGGUUCUGCGAAUAAGUUGGUAGAUUUACAGGGGUUAGAGACAUGCUUGUGGGCAGAUGCGUUCACUGAUGUGCAGGCUUAUAUAAAUGGGGAGAGUAGAAAUAUAUUAUCCAGUGGACGGGUUACAGUAUUGAAAGAGCUUGAAUCAGUUGAUACAAGUAUUAAGAAGCUGCUUCCAAUGAUACAGGAGGGGGUGGGUCCUAUUGAACCUGAAGCUGUCCAAAAUUCUGCUUCAGAUUUAGGAAAGAUGGCAGCUAAGCUUUCACAAGGACUGGAUCUUCUCGUGGAGCAAGUUGAUGGCUUCUUCCAAAUUCUUCUAAGUGGGCGUGACACUUUGCUUUGUAACCUUAGAAUGGUUAGUAGUGCUCCUGACAUAAAGCAAGAGACUAGACAAGGGCAAGCUGUGAAGAGCUAAGUAAAUUCCCUUGUACACAUGGGUUUUGGUGUGGGCUCUUCAUCACAUGGUUGGGUAGAAGAUACACUGUGGAAUGGCACAUGAUAUUUGUUGUGGUUAACUUGUGGUGUGUAUUGUGUUGAAUUUUAUGUCAUUAGUGUUUUUUUUCCGAUCAAAUGUAUAUAAGCAUAGCACUGUUAGCAAGAAAAUUGCAUCUUAAUUUGUUUU